AUGGAAGCAGCAAGUAUUGGGGAAGGGGGAGGAAGGGGAGGGAACGGAGCAGGACGGGUGACAAAGAAGGGGGUUAAGCAGCACCGGCAGAAGGAAGCUGCCAGGAAACUACGCGUUGCUUUGAACGAGCUCUGUGCUGUGAAGUAUGCUUUCACGCUUGUGCUUGCUGACGUGGCAGCUGAGGUGGCACGAUGCAAUGCCAAGAAUGGUGUUGGGGACACGUGGGGUCAUCCGUGGGCUGAGGUAGAAGGGGCAGAGGAGGAGGGUGGGGAGGAGGAGGGGGAGGAGGAGGAGGACGGGGGGGAGGGAGAAGAGGAGGAGUGGGAGGAGUGGGGAGGCGAAGAGGGAGGUGCAGUGGAGGAGUUGAGGGAGAGCAUGCAAGCCAUGCUGGUCAACGCCUCACCUCCACAGCUGUACGGGCUGCUGCAGGAGUUCCUGUCGUCUCGCUUCAAGGAUGUUUCUGCGUGCAUGCGCCCUUUCUAUAUAGAGGAUGGUGACGAGGAGGAGGAAGAGGAGGAGGAGGAGGAGGAGGAGGAGGAGGAGGAGGAGGAGGAGGAGGAGGAGGAGGAGGAGGAGGAGGAGGGGGGGGGAGGAGGAAGAGGAGGAUGA